AUGGCGGCUUCAAAACAAUAUUUGAGUCUAAGUAAUAGUAAGAGCAGGUCUCCAGAGUCGAAAUCAAUAACAUUGCCGAACUUGAAAAAGGAUGAAUCUAUUGUUCAUCUACAUGACCGAUCAGACUUGUUCAGUAACUCACGUCGUACAGGCCCUAGUAAUGGAAGAAAGAGAAAAUCUCAACCUAUAAUUGUGAAUAAUUUAGUAAAAAAGAAACCUAGAAAACAGAAAAAACCACGAGUAUCAUUUAGUUCUAGUCCUAUCAAAAUAAGUCGACAGCAAAGUAAUGAUGAUAUGAAAGAUAUUGACUUCAACAUACUAGAUACCUUUAAUAAAAAAAGGUAUCAAUACGAUCCAGACUACAAUUCACCUAAUUCUAAUAUCGAUACGCACAAUAUUAAUAAUUCUGAUAGUGAAACAGAAACACAAUUAAUUAAUUUGAAACAAUUGUCCAGUAGCCCAGCAAAGAGCCAAGAGCAUAAUAAUGAAAAAGAUGUACAAAUAUUAGAUAAGUUGAUAGAAGCAAACUCGAACAAGUACGAGGAUUAUAUGGAAAAGGUUAGAAAGAAUGAAGGAGAAUUUGCAUCAAGCGACGAUGAUUUUGCAGUUGAAAUGAUGAAGGGAAACAUCUUAUCAACUAUGGAAAACCGUAAACAAGCGAGCAUGGAAGCUGUUCGAUUGAAAUUUAAAGAUAAGGACUAUCCUAAACCUAUAUCAUCUAAAAAGUCAUUGUUGACAAGAACAGAAGCGCAUUUGUACAUUAUACCUCAGAUAUUAAAGGGCAAGCUUGAAACAUCAAUCUUCUAUGAUAUGGCGAAAUCAAUAUCUGAAUCAUCGAGCCAUGAGACAAUGACCCACAAAGAAAAAUGGAAGAUAAACUGGCAAGAAUUUUUUGGUGGCUACUACGGCUUUAAGAGGCAACUGUUUAUUGCAUCGAUCAUUUUAAGUCGACAUAAGAAAGAUUUGCAGAAUGCUGCAAAUAGGAAUAAAACAGUUUCAUAUUGGACAAUCAGUGGUUUCUCUACAUUUGUUCUAGCAAAUGAGAUUGUUAUACGAUUCGUCAUGCAUGAUUUUGAUUGUACCAUCUCUGAAGCAGAGAAGAUCAUCAAAGAAAGUUCAGAAUAUGGAACUGUGAUUUCGGAUUCAACUGAAUUGAUUGACGAUUUAAAUAUUGGUGAGCUCUUAAAUGACGAGUCCAAAGAAUUCAUGAAAGGUAUUACAUUGGAUGAUACAAAAAGCCUGGAAGUUGAUGAGAAUAGUGAUGACGAAAGUAAAACUAAGACCAUGGAAUAUGAAAGUCAACCUGACUUUAAUGAUACAAAACAAUCAAAAACAGACAUUUUAGACCAGUUUCUCGGUACUAGUAGUGACGAAGAUGAUUGA